UGGGUAUUUGGGUGGAACAUGAUUUUCUGGGGACACAGGGCACAGGUUGCAGCAGAUUGGUGACCCAAGAAGUCACCAAGGGAGCCCUGGCAUGGAGCAUCCCUGCUUUGACUGAUGAAAGUGGCUAACGGUGGUGCCCGCUGUGCCUCUGGGCCAUGCUGGAGGCCCUGGCCAUGUCUUCCUUAUCCUUCGGAGGGAGCUGCGACGCCAGAGCUUACUCUUCUUAUAGGCUUUUCUCAGAUACAAUGUGUGUGUGUUGGCCUGGCCAUCUGAAAGCCCCAGCGACCCAACCCUUGCCCCGGUCACCGCAGCUGUGUGUAAACAGUCACACCAGGACUGCUGUCUGUCUUUCUGAUGAGGCAGGGCUUUGCGGUAGCCUACCCCCGUCUGAAGCUGACUGUGUAGCCCGGGCUUGCCCUAAACUUUUUCAUCCCAUUGCCUCUUCCCCCGUGUACCCUUCAGUGCUGGGGUUAUGUAGAUCAGGCUGCUGAACUCACAUAAAUCUGUCUGCUUCUGCCUCAAGAGUGCUGGUAUUGAAGGGUUAAAAGAGUUCCUAGUCGUGGAGUAUGAUCUUUGUCCCCCAUGGCCUUCCUGUGUAAUGUCCACUGAUUCCUUGUAGUGGGCCUGUUGGGGGAGGGCUGCUAGAUCUGGAGAAGCCUAUUUGAAGCUCUGAGGUUAAACCACACAUCCAAGGUUAUACAAAUAGAAAUAGGAGGUGGCGGGACCACUGUGAACCCUGAACAUGGACCUCGCCCCUUUAAGGAACUGGAAUGUAGCCUAACUGUCUGGCUGGUUCUGCUCUUCGUGCUUGUCAGGGCUCUGCCUGCAAUCUGUGUUUCCUGUUUAUUAUUCCUGUGUCCUCUGGUUUCAUUUUAUGCAACUUGCAGUGCCUUGUAGGAAGCUGUAUAGAAAUAGCCUCCCCAUAAUGAAUGUGAUACCUGCCUCUGUCUCGCUUACCUGGGCGUCUCAGGAAGAAAUGAUUGGGACCUGGUGUGGUUGAGAAGACCCACAGCUGGAAGGGGAAUUCUCCGCUGAGGCCUGGGGAAGGGUUUAGUUCCCUCUUCUCAUUCUGAGAAAGAAUUUCCUCAGUAGGAUAGAAAAGCAAGUGGAGGUGAGACACUGCCCCAGCAUGAACUGUACGCUCAGAAACAGGAAGUAGAAGCGGGAGCAGCUGCCUCUUUGCCAUGGCCUGUGAGCCUCCCACAGACCCUGGUGGGACAGCUGGUCCCCUGCCCACCUCCAUCCUGGGCUGCAGCACCCUGCCUCAAAGGAGCCCUCCUGACUGGGGUCCAGAGCUGCACAAUGGCCAGGUCCUCACAGUCCUCCGGAUCGACAAUACCUGUGCACCCGUCUCCUUGGACCUGAGUGCUGUAGAAGAGCAACUGCAGGCCUGGGGCAUCCAGGUACCUGCUGAACAAUACAGGAGCCUGGCUGAGAGCGCUCUCUUGGAGCCUCAGGUGAGGAGGUACAUCAUCUACAACUCGAGGCCCAUGCGGCUGGCCUUUGCUGUGGUAUUCUAUGUGGUGGUGUGGGCCAACAUCUACUCCACCAGCCAGAUGUUUGUCCUGGGCAGCCAGUGGGUAGGAGUGCUGCUUGCCACCCUGAUUGCUGUCAGCCUGACCCUGACUCUUGUGCUGGUGUUUGAGAGACAGCAGAGAAAGGCUAACACUAACACAGACCUGAGGCUGGUGGCCGCCAAUGAAGCCCUUCUGAGACACCGGGUGCUGCUCGGGGUGACAGACACAGUGGAAGGAUGCCAGAGUGUGAUCCAGCUCUGGUUUGUCUACUUCGACCUGGAGAGCUGUGUGCAGUUCUUGUCUGACCAUGUUCAGGAAAUGAAGAGGAGUCAAGAGUCCGUGCUGAGAAACAAAUUAAACCAGCUCUGUGUUGUCAUGGAGACAGGAGUGAUGCCUGUGGUGGAAGGGCCCGAGGACUUGGAGGAUGCCCCGCUGCUCCCCAGCACUCCUGGUCCUCCGGAGAGACCACUCAUGCAAACUGAACUCUAUCAGCUUGUUCCAGAGGCUGAGCCGGAGGAGAUGGCCCGGCAGCUACUGGCAGUGUUUGGUGGCUACUACACUCGGCUCCUGGUGACCUCUCAGCUGCCCCAGCCAAUGGGAACCCGACACACAGACUCUGCAAAGGUCCCAUGCCCCUGUCAGCUCAUAGAAGCACACAUUCUGGGCACAGGAUGCUGCCCAUUCCUGGCCAGGUGACCUAGGGACAAAGAAGUUCAUCUUCCUCCAAGACUGAGAAGUGGGGGAGGAGUCAGGAGCCUGGCGUGGCUGACCCUGAGCUCAGAUGAGAUCAGCAUUUGGGGGAUGUCCUGUCGGCAUCACAUGCUGUCCUGGCCUUGCUGAAUCUGGUGACUGAGCUGGUGGGGUGAGGAGACCAGGGCUGGUGGUCACCAGCAGGGCACUUGGAAAAGAAGACCCUGUUGGUGCGGCUCAGACUGAUUUCGUGGGCGACGUGCUGGCUUGUGUCAUGCUUCUGUCCUGCGGAGCGGCAAUGCUUCCUCACACUCCACUGUUCUGGAGUGAAGUAUGGUCAGACACGUGGGGUUUGAGUAGGAAGCUCAGAGACUCCCCAAGAGUUUGAAGACUGCCCACAACCCCAUGUCCACACUCAUUUGGUGUGGAGGUCCAGCUCCGAGUUCCCCACAAAUCACCAUCCUAAGUUGGAACUGUUCCCCGGACUGGCAGGGGCAUUUGCUCCUUCGUGUCCCUUCGGCUGCUUUCUGUCUCAUGGAAAUUCCUAGUGUUGAUGUUUGUGUUAUUCCACUUUUUCCUGUACAUACUUCUUUUUCUGUCGAGACUGUAAACUCCUCAGGGUCCAACACUGUACCUAUCUUCCUUCUGUGAAUGACCUGGACUUGCUUAAAAAUACUGCUGAAAAGUCCCAUGGAUCAGUUGCCUUGUCCUCUCCACCAGUUGUGGCAAAUGGUUCUGCAAACGUGGUUGAAUGAUAAGACCUGGGUCGUGAUGGACCAGAGUCCUGGUCCUGAGCUGCAUCGCUGCAUUUGUCCACCCUCCACUUACUGGAUGGUCCUGGUCAUUUCCAGCUUAUCCUGCUGAUAUUCUUCCCUCAGGGCACAAAGUGCUCCCCUCACCCCCUGGCCCCAAACUAUCCCUUGGUGAUACGCCAUCACAGGGAGCUCUGGUGUAGCUAGUAACCUGGAUUCUUCUUGCACAUCUACCGUCUGUAGGGCGAUGUGGCCAUGGCUGAGUGUUCUGCCUUCUCAGUGUGUCCACUGACUCCUUUUAGAGCCGUGUGGUGGACUGAAGUGGUACAGUGCAGGAGACCUGCUGGGUAAGACACAUCCUACCUCUGCUUUUCCUGUGUCCAAGAUGGAAGAGUCCUCAGCCAUAUCCUGGGGUAGCUGUGCUUAGAGUGGAAUUUUUCACUGUCUUUUGACCCACUGUGGGCAAUGUCCCUGAAUUUGAUCAAGGGAAGCCUGUGCUUGUCAUCUGGGCAUAGAACCCUUCAGUACAAUGAUGGGGAAUAAAACUGUGUGGUGAACGACUGAGCAGCUCGGCUCGGCUCAUGGA